AGUGAAAAACAUUUACCCACCGUCAAGUCAAAGUAUUGUAACAUGGACCAUUGUAACCCAGGGAGCGUCUGUACAGCAAAUUAUAGAUUUGAUCUGUGACACUAUAAAUAUAUUUUCAAUUAUAUUAUAUAUGUGAUAAAGCACCAUUUUCCUUUCAAUUCAAUUUACUUUUAUAUAGCGCCUUUCAUAACAGUCGCCCCAAGGCGCUUUACAUGGGUGUGUUGUGAUACAUCAUCACUCAGAGUGAACAAUAUAAAAACUUCAAUACUUCAAAUGCUUGUGCUGUUAAAAAUACUGCUUUUCACACAUAAAAGACUUCAAAUGACAAGACAUCUCCUCCUUCAGGGUUUUCAGAUCUCAGAUUCAGUUGUGUGGGUGUCAUGUGAUUGACAGCGAAGGGGCGGCACAGAUUCUGGAAACUCCGUGGAAACGUGCCAGACAGUCAAUAACAGUACCAUCACUACAAUGCAAGAAAAGAGGUACAAUGUUUUCGACCUGAACAAAGGUGCUAAUAUAACAUGCAGCAAUAAAACAUGGCGAGAGAUGAUCUACAACAUCUGGAAAGUCAAAGUGAAGGGGAAGCACUGCUGCGUGGCUUUUCACAUUAACGGGAGUCACUAUGACACAUGUGAGAAUGGGAUGGAGCUGAGGAACAGAACCAGUGGAGAAUCCUACCUGCACAUUCCUCAAAUCACUCUAGGAAACCAGGGAGUUUAUCUCUGUGAGACGGCUUACUGGGGAGGAACCUAUAAUGCAGAGAUUACGGUAUCUGCAAGAGUGCCUCCGCAGAUCUUCAGCAGGCUGGAUAAGCUCCGCAACGGGACAGUGGCUGUGUGCUCAGCUGUGGGGGGAAACCCAGCGGCCUUCAUCUCCUGGAGAACCUCGUGGAAUUCCACAGUGAACCAGAUCUCCACCAGCAACCCAAACGGCACCUACACUGUGGAGAGCCGCUUGGUCCUGCCUGACCGUGUCUCCAGAGAGAACCUGAGCUGCAUCAUCACACACCCCAGCUGGCCGGGGGAGAACAAGGAGAUGCGAUUUUCAGACCCCAAAGCAGGGCAUGUAGCUCAAUGGAUUGGACUUUCUCUGGUCUCAGUGUGCAUCGUUAUCCUUGCUGGCUUUUAUUUGACAUGGAAAUUUCAAAGCAAAAUCAGGAACUGCUGUGAGACAAGCAGUCCAUCCCCGACACCCCCUAAAGUUGUGCAGAGUGUGCAGGAAGUGGAGGAAUUGGAACCGUAUGCAAGUUACGUGCAACGUGUCAACUCUAUCUACAACUCCUCCGCCGAGCUCUGCAGACACUAGCCGCCGCUCUCGGCAGCCACCGAGAAACGCAAACCGCCCCCAGCGGAAAAGGAAGCCCUUCGGCUCCGUGGGGCAUCUUCAGCUCCGUGCUGCUUUCGCACUACACGACGACCUGGAUACAGAUCGACGCCCGCAUCUGCAAGAAGGCGCCGCCUGCGGAGCUUCCCCGAAAAGUUCAAGACGGGUCGAUGGAGAGCCGACAUCUUAAAUGAAACUGAAAAACCAAAAGAAAAAGUAAUGGAACCGAGUCUGUACUCAUUCAGCCUGGAAAUAAUUCGAAGCCCGAAAGUACUCCUCCACGCUGCCCAAAUGAGUCUCUGAUCGAAGAGGGCUGACAAAUAUCUCACUGGCGUUUCCUCAUCCGUUAUUAUUUUUUUUUUACUGUUGUGAAGAAGUUGAAAGAAUGAAUUAGUCAUACUGAAUUUUGUUUUAAUGAUAAGUGGACUAAUUAAGAUGAAAAUCUGUUUAAAUAUCAACGAGAGCAUCCUAGACAGCCCAUAUAUUACAGUAACUUCCAACACUCUGUUACAAUGCAUUCAUAGCACAAAACGUUUUUUUUUAUAAUUCCGCUGCACUGAAGGACACAACUAAACUCGUCGCUAAACU